AUGCAAACCCUCUCCCGAGUUCGAUUAACACCUCUAGCCUCACAGGCGCGGAGGUGCGCCCGCCCUGGCCUACGCCCAUUCGCUCUCUCGAAUACCCUUGUUCGCCUCGCCUCAGUAACCACAAGGUCCCGAAGCCUUGAUCUUCCUGCCCUAGACAAGAAGUGGCAAGCCAAAUGGAAAUCAGACGCGAAUUCGGCGCCAUGCAGCACCGAACAGUCAUCCGAGCCCAAGCCCAAGUCCUACAUCUUAUCAAUGUUCCCCUACCCCUCGGGCACGUUACAUAUGGGCCAUCUUCGCGUAUAUACCAUUUCAGAUGUGCUGUCGCGGUUUUACAAGAUGCGCGGGCAUGAUGUCCUGCACCCGAUGGGGUGGGAUGCCUUUGGAUUGCCGGCCGAGAACGCGGCGAUCGAACGCGGCGUGGAUCCUGCGGAAUGGACGGAGCAGAAUAUUAAAAAGAUGAAGGCUCAGUUGGGGAGCAUUUCGGCUGAGUUUGACUGGGACAGAGAACUUGCGACUUGCGCACCGGAUUUCUACGAGCACACCCAACGGAUAUUUUUGAUGCUGCAUGAGAAAGGAUUGGCAUAUCAAGCUGAGGCUCUGGUCAACUAUGACCCUGUCGAUAAGACUGUGCUUGCGAAUGAACAAGUGGAUGCCAAUGGGUUCUCAUGGCGAUCUGGGGCCAAGGUCGAGAAAUUGAAUCUCAAACAGUGGUUCUUCCGGAUCACGGAUUUUAAAGAAAUGCUAUUGAAGGAUCUAGACUCGCUUUCUGGGGGCUGGCCAGAACGUGUUCUUUCGAUGCAGCGAAACUGGCUUGGAAAAUCGAACGGCGCUAAGAUCAGGUUCCCUAUGGCUGUUGAUGGUACAAAUGUACAUGUUGAUGUCUUCACUACACGACCGGAUACGCUAUAUGGUGUUGAAUAUUUGGCUCUUUCACUAGAUCACCCUAUCGUCUUGAAUGCUGCCGAAAAGGACUCCUCGCUUCGAGAAUUUCUGGACGAGGCAGCGGCACUUCCACCCGACUCGAAGGCCGGCUACCGUUUAAGUGACAUUACAGCGUCUCAUCCGUUACUGAAAAUUGACAGCGAAAGCCCUCAGUUGGAGAGAAAUCUUCCCGUCUUUGUUGCGCCCUAUGUCCUCAGUGAUUAUGGCGAGGGUGCGGUGAUGGGUGUGCCGGGCCAUGACACCAGAGACAUGGCAUUCUUCAAGGAAAAUGCAAACCCUGAGUCAAUUCCUAUCGUUAUUGAGUCGGAGCCAUCUCAAGGGAAUGACACUGCUGUUCCAGCGCGUGGCGCGAAGGCCUUCACACAAGAGGGCUAUCUUACCUCGCAAUGUGGAAAGUAUCAAGGCCUGCAUUCCAAGGAAGCUGGGCAACAGAUUGUCAACGAUCUCAACAAAGAGGGACAGGCCAACUUCGUGGAAAGCUGGCGCCUGCGAGACUGGUUGAUCAGUCGGCAGCGGUACUGGGGUGCACCUAUUCCAAUCAUUCACUGCGGCGAGUGUGGCCCCGUCCCUGUGCCGAAAGAAGACCUCCCGGUCAAAUUACCUAAGAUUCAGGGAGAUUGGUUGAAGGGUAAGAAGGGUAACCCUCUUGAAUCAUCCGAAGAAUGGCUUCACACAGACUGCCCCAGCUGCGGAGGGCCAGCAAAGCGCGACACGGACACUAUGGAUACUUUUGUUGAUUCAUCUUGGUACUUCCUCCGGUUCCUGGACGCGGCAAACAAAGAUGCCCCAUUCUCGGCUUCUGUCGCGCGAUCAGUAGAUGUAUACAUUGGUGGCGUGGAGCAUGCUAUUUUACAUUUGCUUUACGCCCGGUUCAUCUACAAGUUCCUUGCUCAGUCGGAAUUAUUCCCAGCUGCCGCGCCUGGUGAGCAAUCGGUAGCGGAGCCUUUCAAGAUGCUUUUAUCUCAGGGUAUGGUUCAUGGCAAGACCUUCACGGACCCAUCGACCGGUCGAUUCUUGCUCCCCCACGAAAUUGAUCUCACGAAACCUGAGAAGCCCUUGAUCACAGGUACUCAAAUCACCCCCAACAUCUCAUUUGAGAAAAUGUCAAAAAGCAAGCACAACGGUGUAGAUCCUACAGCCUGCGCAUCCAAGUAUGGAGCCGACGCCACUCGUGCCCAUAUUCUCUUCUCAGCGCCCGUCAGCGAAGUCCUGGAGUGGGAUGAAUCCAAAAUUGUCGGCGUUGAGCGCUGGUUUGGCCGGCUCUGGAAGCUCGUGAUGGAUACACAGGAAUCUCUAGCUUCGGCAUCCUUCACUGUUCCCUCAACCGACAUGAAAUGUCCCGCUGGUCAUGCCAUUUCCCUGCCGUCUUCGCUCAAGGACCUGAGCGACUCCGAUGCCGACGCUGUCCUAGCAACUCACAACACCAUCUCAUCUGUCACCAGCUGCAUCGAGAGCAACCCCUACGGGCUGAAUACCGUCAUUUCGGAUCUGACCAAAUUGACCAACGCCCUAUCAUCAGCAUCAACAUCACCCUCCCCCCUCGCCCUCUACCUGUCCGUCUCUGCACUCCUCCGCCUCCUAGCACCGAUCGCCCCCGCACUAGCCUCCGAGUGCUGGGAAGUAUUGCACGACUCCAUUGUGAAGCGAUCUGACCCUACAUCACCUGCUCCAUCUAUAUUUUCGUCUUCCUGGCCUACCACUCUUCUGACCCCCGAGCAAGCUGAGGCUCUUUCUUCUCGUGGUGGCCAAACGAUAGCUGUUCAGAUCAACGGAAAGCUCCGCUGCGCCGUUACCAUUCCACGCUGGCCGUCCUCCGACGAAGCCUCUCCAUCCAAGGGCAAAGCCUCGGCUUCCUCCAAGGAAGAGCAGGACUGGAUCAUUGAUCGAGUUUUGGAGAGCACCGAGGGUAACCUGUGGCUGCGUGAAAAGAACGACUGGGAGAAGAGACGACGGGUGAUUGUUGUCAAGGGCAAGCUGAUGAACGUCGUGUUCUAA